AUGCUGGCGGUGCCAUCUGUCAUCGCGAGACCGAUGCUCUUGGAGUAUGCGACGAUUCUGGAAAGAAGAGAGCAAGUGAGAGAUGCGUAUGACUAUGUCAUCGUCGGAGCUGGUACGGCCGGCCUGACGGUUGCCGACCGACUGAGUGAGGACGGGAAGAUAUCGGACGAGGUGAUCGAGGCUGGCAAGGGCCGCAACUUCAACGAUCCAGGAAUCCAGUACAACAUCACCUCAGUCCCGCAGCCCGAGAUGAACAACCGAACGCAGUUCGUUUGGAUAGGAUGCUGUGUUGGAGGUAGCUCUGCCAUCAACGGGAUGGUCAUGGUGCGCGGGACCAAAAUCGAGUACGACGGCUGGGCCGAGUUGGGAGGACCCGACUCGACUUGGGACUGGGACGGCGUCUUGCCGUACUUCAAGAAGGCUGUCCACUUCACCCCUCCCGAGGAAGAGCUCGCCGAGGCAUUCAACAUCACAUGGGACCCGGAAGCCUGGGGGAUGGAAGAGAACACCAAGAUCUUUGCCUCGUUCCCCGAGUACCAGAACCCGACGCUGAUUCCCACCUACCAAGCCGUCAAGAAGAUGCCGCGGAUGGAGGUACCCCUGGACGGCGCCGGCGGCGACAACGGCCUCUUCUGGUUCCCCUCAUCCAUCGACCCCAAGACGUACAGACGAUCGUACUCGCGAACAGGCCACUACGACGGUAUCCAGAGACCAACCUUUGACGUGAUCACACGACACAAGGUCCGGCGGGUGCUCUUCAACGGAAACGCAGCAACAGGCGUCGAGUUCUUCUCCCGUGACGGCGACACCCGACCCGUCACCGUCAAGGCUAACAAGGAAGUCAUCAUCGCCGCGGGCGCCGUGCACACCCCGCAGAUCCUGCAGCUCAGCGGCAUCGGGCCGAAGCCGCUCCUCGACGAGGCCGGCAUCCCGAUCCUGCUGGACAUCCCCGGCGUGGGCCAGAACUUCCAGGACCACGCGUACCUCAGCGUCGGGUACGAGUGGGGGAAGAACGGCAGCGGGCCCAAGGGCCCUGAGGUGCCGGCGAACGGCGACCCGUGGAGCGUCGCGGCGCCGAACCUGGGCGCGUGGAUCGGGCUGCCGACCAUGACGGCGGACCGCUUUGAGGAGAUUGCUGCGCGAUACGAGGCGCAGGACCCGGCGGCGUUCCUACCAGCGGACACGCACCCGACGGUGGUCGCGGGCUACGCGGCCUUCCAGAGGCUGCACGCCAAGCUGCUGCGCAGCAAGAACACGAACAUGAUGUGGCUGCCGCUGAUGGGCGGCGCGGGCGGGAUCGUGAUGAGCAUGCACGUGGUCAGCCACGGGACGAUCAACGUCGACCCGGCGGACCCGGAGGCGGAGCCAGUGGUGGACUACCGCGCGCUGAGCAACCCGACGGAUCUGGACGUCAUGGUCGAGGAGAUCGAGUUCAUGCGGAGGUAUAUGGACAGCCCGGACUUUGCGGCGUACGAGCCGCGGGAGACGUCGCCAGGGAGGAAUGUGACGGGUGAGGCGCUGAGGAGAUGGAUCCGGGAGCAGUACAUCCCGACGAAUUUCCACCCGAUUGCGACGGCGGCGAAGAAGCCGCUUGAGAUGGGCGGGGUGGUGGGGGAGGAUCUUGUGGUGCAUGGGACGGAGAGGUUGAGGGUUGUUGAUGGGAGUAUUAUGCCGAUGUUGCCUGGGGCGAAUACGCAGCAGACGGUCUACAUGCUGGCUGAGAAGGCGGUUGAUUUGAUCAAAUCCAGGCAGUGA